AUGUACAGUUCCAACGGCGGCGAAAACCCCAUUCACAUCUAUCACCUACCAAAUGAGAUUCUCUCUGAAAUAUGUCUCUUUGCAACUUUGCCCCAUUUGAUUCCUGGGAAGGAUCUGGUUGGUGUCGUCACCAGCCAUGUUCCCACAGAUGCUCAACAAUAUAGACAACUGAUAGCAAAAGAGCUGCGAAUGGCACGCGUAUUGCGCCUUGUGUCUCAGCGAUUUAACCGCCUUGCGACGCCCUUGCUUUUCGAGAGCUUCCUUCUGGUGCAAAAUAAACUAAGCAUGACACAAAGAGGAGGUAUCUCGGAAGAGAACAUGACGUCAAGUCCUGAUGGGAAGGUACGCCGAGAACUGGGCACAAUUAUGGAGAUCCUUCGUGACCUACUGUCGCUCAAGCCACACCUCAGACAGCACUGCAAAUCAUUAUGCUUGGUUUAUAGAGAAAAGCAUCACAUGGACUUUAACAGCUCAGGAAUGAGCGAUGAAGGUCAUAGUGAAGAAGAGAUAGAAAACGGUAACGGUCAGUAUCCAGAAAUACAUACCCCGUUCCCUCGAUCCGGGAUUCUCGACGACAUUUAUACUUGGCUUGUUAAUGUAACAGACUUCCAAGUUCACAUAGAUGUAUGGGCAGUAGAAAUGCCCAACUUCUCAGUCGCACUGACAUCCAUGCCUAAGCUUGCCGUUUUGCGAAUCACGGGGGAAGUGGAUUAUCUAUCAAUAUUCAAGCAACUUGUUACCGUACGGCCUGACUCCUUAUUGGAAACGCUCGACUUGUCCAACGCCACAGCAAAUGGAUAUGACUAUGACGAUACUGAGGCUACAGCUCGAGAAGUUUAUCAAACACUGGAUAACGUGAGAGGUACUGGCUCUAUGACAAGGCUGCUCACAGGUACUUGCCUUGGUACUGAUGUCCUCACCGCGCUGGUUGCUUGGCCCAGAAGGCUCGAACGACUCGCCUUGCAAGUCGACCCAUACCGCAUUACAACCCACUCACCCGACAAUGGCUCCUUACAAAAGAUUCUAGACAGCCAGAAAGACUCACUUACUCAUCUUCGCAUUGAGGGCAACUACGAGCUAGGACUGUAUGGCUUCGACUUGACGGACUUCUCACGCCUGGAGCAACUUGCCCUUGAUACCGCAACCAUGUCCAAUUUCAAUCAAUUCCCACGUAACAAGACGAUCGUGCCCGAGCUGGACUGUCGGAUCUUUGCGCCCAAUCUCCGAAGUCUGUUACUUUUUUGGAAAGAAACACGAGAAAAGAUUGAGACUUUUGCUCGAGAUGGCGAUUAA